AUGGGGAUUGGGUGGGGUGAGAUUUGUAGGGAGAGGGGAUGGGGAUGGGGGUGUAGGAGGGGGGGGUGGGGGGGGUGUGGGGGGGGGGGGGGGGUGGAAGGGGGGGUAGGGGGGGAUGAAGGGGGGGGGUUUUUAGGGAGUUAUAUGGGGAAGGGGAAAGAGAGGGGAGAAGGUGGUAGGAAGGAAGGGGUGGUGAGGGGAAAAGAAAAAGGUGGGGUAGGUGAAGAAGGUGGGAUGGGUGGUAGGAGGAUGGGGGAAUGGUGGAGGAGGUGGGAAGGGGGUGGAUGGGGUGUGGGAGGAUGUGAGGGGGGGGGAAUGGUAGAUGGGAGAGGGAUGGAGAGUAGGGGGGGGGGUAUGGAGGGUUUGGGUGUAUGGGGGGGAGAUGGAUGUUGGGUAGGAUUUGGGGGUGGGGUGUGGGGAGGGGGGGGGGGUGGUUGGGGGUGGAUGUGGGGUUGGGAAGGAUGUGGUUGUAAAGGGGGGAUGGGUUGGAGGAUGGAGGGUGAAGGGGGAGUGUAA